AUGCUGCUGUAUGGAACAGUUAUUCUAUUUUUUCUAACAAGUAUUCAAGCAUUUGUCCCAGCAACGAGUAGUUACAAUGUUGAAGGAGCAAGUAUCGAGGUGCCUUCAGAUGCGAUGAAAAAUGAUCAGAAAAUGGUUCCACUUGGUGACAGAAUUGAUUUUCGUGAUCAUGAUCGCAAAUAUGUUCAGGAUAUGUCUUGGCGCGCUGUCAUAGAAUUGAAUCGAUUAUCAAAUGAGUCAUAUCAUUGGAUACCAAUGAAAGUUUUAAAUGUGACCUCACAGGUUGUUGCCGGAGUGAAGUAUACGCUUGACGUACUGAUGGCACGAUCGAAUUGUCAGAAGACUGUAAGUCGAGAUAUUAAUUUUUUUAAAGAAUUUAUGAGUUACAUACCAGAAAUCAUAACUGAAGGUCAUCUACUUCGCAAUAAUAAGAAUGACAUUAGAGUUCGCCAUUUCGAACCAUCAAAAAUUCUCAUGAAGAGAGAUUUUACUACUUGGAAUUUGUUUGGGAAAUUUAUCGAAAAGCAUAAUCGUAAUUAUCAAAGUCAGACAGAAUUAGUAAAACGAUUCCGUAUUUAUAAGCGAAAUUUACGUUUGGCUAAAUUAUGGCAAAAAACGGAGCAGGGAACAGCAGUUUACGGUGAAACACCUUACAGUGAUAUGACACAACAAGAAUUUAGGAAGAUUAUGUUACCUUAUAAGUGGCCAUUAAAUGAAAAUGACGAUCAUUUGGAAAAAUUUAGCAAAUACAGUAUUGAUAAUGGUAAAAUACCGGAAUCGUUUGAUUGGCGUGAAAAAGGUGCAGUGUCAGAUGUAAAAAAUCAAGGUGCUUGCGGUAGCUGUUGGGCUUUUUCAGUGACAGGAAAUAUUGAAGGUGCUUGGAAGAUUAAAAAAGGUCAACUAAUAUCAUUAUCAGAGCAAGAGUUGGUAGAUUGUGAUGUGAUUGACCAAGGAUGUAGUGGAGGUUUACCACUUAAUGCUUACAAAGAAAUAAUACGAAUGGGUGGCUUGGAAUCAGAGAAGGAUUAUCCUUACGAUGGAAGAGGAGAAAAAUGCCAUUUGGUGCGCAAAGAUAUUGCUGUUUAUAUCAAUGAUUCGUUGCAGUUACCAAACGAUGAGCAGAAAAUUGCUACUUGGCUUGUUGAGCAUGGCCCUAUCUCAAUUGGUAAUAUUUUUUGA